AUGCGAGCAUUUGCUUCGGAUAAUUAUGCUGGAGUUUUACCUGAAAUAGUAUCUGCAUUAUCAAAAGAAGCUCUAUCAAAUUCACAUGCACGUGCUUAUGGUCAUGAUGAUAUUUCACAUGAAGUACGUCUUGUAAUUCAAGAAAUAUUUAAUUCUUCAUCAGAUGAUCCAUCACCUGAUGUUUAUUUUGUUUUUAAUGGUACUGGUGCUAAUAUACUUUCAAUUCUUUCUUGCACUCAUUCUUAUCAUGCUGUUCUUUGUGCGGAUAUUUCACAUAUAAUUUGUGAUGAAUCAACAUGUCCCGAAACAGUAGCUGGUGUACGAUUAAUAUCUAUACCAACUGAUGAAAAUGGAAAAAUAAAUAUUGAUAUAAUUGAAGAAAAAUUAGAUCGUAUUGGUGAUAUGCAUGCAGCUCAACCACGAAUGUUAACAAUAGCACAACCAACAGAAUAUGGAACUGUCUAUACAAUUAAUGAACUUAAACAAUUAUCAAAUUUAGCUAAAAAAUAUAAUUUAUAUUUUCACAUUGAUGGUGCACGAUUAUUUAAUGCUGCAUCAUCAUUAAAUUGUAAUCUACGUGAUAUAACAACAUUGGUUGGUGUUGAUAUUCUUUCAUUAGGUGGUACUAAAGCUGGUUUAAUGUAUGGUGAAGCUGUGAUUGUUUUUAAUCAAUCAUUAAUUCAAACUAAUGGUAAUACAAUUAGUCCAUUAAAAUAUCGUCAUAAACAAGUAAUGCAAUUAGCAUCUAAACAACGUUUUAUAGCUAUACAAUUUUUAACUUUAUUAAAAAAUGAUUUAUGGAAAAAAUCCAGUGAAUAUUCAAAUUCAAUGGCACAAUUAUUAAAAAAACGUCUUGAAUUAAUUUCGGAAAAAACUAAUAAACAAUUAAUACGUAUAACAAAACCUGUGGAAACAAAUGCUAUUUUUCUUGAAAUACCAAAAGAUUGGUAUGAACCAUUAUCAACAAUAUUUCCAUUUUAUAUGUGGAGAAUUAAAAAUUGUGAAGUUCGAUUAAUGUGUUCAUUUGAUACAACUGAAAAUGAUAUUGAUCAAUUUAUUAACAAAAUUAAUGAACUUAUUCAAAGUUAA